AUGGAUUUUCGUGAUACUUUCUCCCCAGUGUCUAAGCUUGCCACUGUUCGGGUUCUCCUAUCCUUAGCAGCUAUCAAAGGAUGGUCUUUGUGGCAAAUGGAUGUAAAUAAUGCCUUCUUAAAUGGAGACCUCUUCGAAGAGGUGUACAUGGAGCUGCCAUUAGGACACAAGGACAGAAAUAAAGGACUUGUUUGCAAGCUAAAUCGUUCUAUAUAUGGGCUACGUCAAGCUUCGCGACAGUGGUUUUUCAAGUUCUCAACUGCCUUGUUGAAGAACAACUUCAAACAGUCAAGAAAUGAUUACUCUCUCUUUUCUUAUGGGUCUGGUACAGAUGUGGUUUAUCUACUGGUAUAUGUAGACGACAUCAUCCUAGCAAGUGCCUCUUCCACUAUGCUGUCAAACAUUCAGAAAUUGCUUCAAUCCAUCUUUAAACUCAAGAUUCUUGGAGAUCUGAAAUACUUUCUUGGUCUAGAAAUUGCUAAAUCCACUUAUGGCAUCCAUCUAUGUCAGCGAAAAUACACCCUCAACCUACUGCAAGACACUAAUUUCACAACUUGUAAGCCAACAGUGCUACCAAUGGAACCCAACCUGAAGCUGAGCUCAACAGAUGGCACCCCUUUGAGUGAUCCAUCCUUAUAUCGAAGACUGGUGGGCAGGCUAAUAUACUUAACAAUAUCCAGACUUGAAAUCACUUAUGCAGUUAACACCUUGAGUCAAUUCAUGAAAAGUCCAAGCUCGUCCCACAUGGAUGCUCUCCACCACAUCCUUCAGUACUUGAAGGGAAGUCCAGGACAAGGUUUGUUUUUUCCAGCCAACUCUGACAUACGGCUCAUGGCAUAUGCUGAUUCAGAUUGGGCAGGCUGUCCAGACACCAGACGCAGUGUCACAGGCUACUCCACUUUCAUUGGCAACUCUUUAAUAUCCUGGAAAUCAAGCAAACAGACUACAAUAUCAAGAUCCUCAGCUGAAGCAGAGUACAGGGCAUUAGCAGCAGUGGCGGCUGAACUUAGUUGGUUAAAAAGAUUGAUGUUUGAUUUUAAUGUCAUCAUUGAUUCUGCUAUGUUAUUUUGUGAUUCCCAAUCAGCUAUACACAUAGCUACCAAUCCGACUUUCCAUGAACGCACAAAGCACAUAGAAGUUGAUUGCCAUUUCAUCCGAGAGAGAGUAGUUGCUGGUUUUAUCAAAUUGAUACAUGUUAAGUCCAAGCACCAACUAGCCGACAUCUUCACCAAACCCGUUUCAGCAGCUCAGUUUCACAGUCUUAUAGCCAAGUUUGGCAUUUUAAACAUCUAUAUGCCAAACUUGAGGGGGGAUAUUAGAAUUAAUAGUUAG